AUGGGUUGUGUGGAGUCUAUCGAUGGUGAUGGUGAUGGUGAAGGUGCAUACAUGUUGAAGCUUAUGAAUGCACUGAAACCCCCUGGCUGGUCCAACACCACCGACAUGUGCGAGUGGAGAGGCGUGACUUGCAACCAUCCAAGUGGAAGGAUUGAAAAGAUCGAUCUCGGUUUACUGUCGCUGACGGGAACAGUUCCUGCAGGCCUCAACGACUCCCUCUCCCAACUCACAUUCCUCGCUCUCUCCUACAAUAAUCUGAGUGGGCCUGUUCCCUCUCUCGCCAACCUCUCUUUCCUCCAAGUAGCGUACCUCGACAACAACAACUUCACCACCAUCCCUCAUGGUUGCUUCCAUGGUCUUACUACUUUGCACUCCUUGAGCUUGAAUAACAAUAGAAACCUCCCACCAUGGAACUUUCCUACCGAUUUGACUGCUCACUCCUCCCAACUCUAUUACCUCGACCUGUCCUCUACAAAUCUCAUGGGCUCCUUACCACCAAACAUAUCCCAUUCCUUCCCAGUUAUGAGCCGGCUUUAUCUCUCUAACAACAACCUCUCCUCCAUCCCUGAGGGUUGCUUCCACAACCUAACCAGUUUGUAUGGCCUCUCUUUGGCCAACAACACCAACCUCCCACCAUGGACCUUCCCCCUCCACUUGACAAACUCCUCCUUUCGACUUGGCAUCCUCUACCUCGAGGCUACGAAUCUUAUGGGAUCCCUACCGAACUUGUCUCAUUUUUUCCCCAACUUGAUAAUUGUUGCUCUCUCCAACAACAACCUUACCUCCAUCCCCCAAAGUUGCUUCCAGGGUCUACCCGGAUUGCUGAGGCUCAACUUGGGAAACAACACCAACCUUGCACCAUGGACCUUCCCCAACUUGACUCACUCCACACAACUGAAAGAGCUCAACCUUGCUGCUACAAAUCUCGUGGACUCCCUACCAGAAAUAUUUGGCUCCUUGCCAAGUUUGCAGACUGUUCUUCUCUCCAACAACCACCUUACUGGGGUCUUGCCAAAGUCUUUCGGAGGAUCUAAGGUUGUCACACUGUAUCUCAACCAUAACAGAUUUUCGGGUACAAUUGAUAUCCUUUCAUCCAUGGUCGACUUGUCUGAAGCUUGGCUUCAGAGAAACUCCUUUGAAGGUCCAAUUCCUGACUUGUCCCGUUCUACAGCUUUGCUAGAUUUGCAACUUGACCACAAUCAGUUGACAGGGGUAGUUUCAGAUUCUCUAGCAGCACUCCCUUCGCUGCAAAGUAUUUCUUUGGACAACAAUUUUUUGCAAGAAUUUAAGUAUCCAAUUCUGUUGGCACGUUCAUGGGGAGGAAAUAAUACCUGUCAAAACUGGAGUUUCAUUGCAUGUGAUGAGAAAAAUAAGAUCAGAAUGGUCAAUUUAUCAAAUCUGAAAUUGACGGGCACGAUCUCACCUGCAUUCGCCAAUUUAACUGAUUUGCGGAAAUUGUAUUUGGAUGGCAAUAAUUUGACAGGUGAAAUACCUGAAAGAUUGACAAGAUUGCCUGAACUUGAAGUUGUGAAUGUCUCUAACAACCACCUUGAUGGAAAUAUUCCCAAAUUCUCACGAAAGGUCAAUUUUAUUGCCACAGGCAAUGAUUUUCUUGUGCUUCCUUCUAAUGGUUCCGACCAUACACCAAGGCCAAUCCCAACUGCUUUGAUUACAGGCUUAUCGGCAGCCAGUGUUGGACUUUUGGUAAUAUGUGUUGUGGUUAUUUACAAAAGCAAGAGGUUACGGAAAAUUAUGUUCAAGAAAACAAUUGUUGAUCGCAAUGUUGAGGAUUUGAUACAAAGUGAUGGGUUUAUGGUGCAAAAACGAUAUAGUUUCUCACAGGUAAAAAAGAUGACCAAUUCAUUUAGUGAGAAACUAGGACAGGGAGGAUUUGGAGUUGUAUAUAAAAGAAGUUUAAGUGAUGGUCGUCAAGUAGCAGUGAAGAUAUUGAAAGAUGUCAAAGGUAAUGAAGUAGAAUUUAAUGGAAAAGAAUUCAUAAAUGAGGUUGCAAGUAUUAAUAGGACAUCUCAUGUGAAUAUUGUCCCAUUUUUAGGAUUUUGUUAUGAGACAAAUAAGAGAGCCUUGAUUUAUGAAUUCAUGCCAAAUGGUUCUUUAGAUAAAUUUAUUGAUGAAAAAGCAUCAUUUAGUGCUGUGUGUAAAUUGGAUUGGAGUAGACUCUACCAAAUUAUAAUUGGCAUUGCUCAAGGACUAGAAUAUUUACAUUGGGGAUGUAGUACUAAGAUUUUACAUCUUGAUAUUAAACCUCAAAAUAUUCUUUUGGAUGUGGAUUUCUGUCCUAAAAUUGCUGAUUUUGGACUAGCUAAAAUAUGCACAAAGAAGGAGAGUAUUGUAUCUCUACAGUAUGCAAGAGGAACAGUGGGAUAUAUUGCACCAGAAGUAUAUAAUCAUGGAGUUUCUCGAGUUUCUCACAAAUCUGAUGUGUAUAGUUAUGGAAAGUUGAUUCUUGAAGUAAUCGGAGGAAAAGAGAAUUAUAAUGAUAAAGAUACACAUACCAGUGAAAUAUACUUUACAGAUUGGAUUUAUAAGGAACUGGAGCAAGAUACUCUUCCAACAAAAUGUCUGACAAAUACAGAGAAUGAAAAUGAUUUGGUAAAGAAGAUUAUUUUGGUAAGCAUAUGGUGUAUACAGAAAAAUCCAUCAAAUAGACCAUCCAUAAAAAGAGUGAUAGAAAUGUUAGAAGGACCACUUGAUUCUAUCCCAUUUCCUCCAAAGCCAAUGUGGUAUUCUCCCCAAGGAUCAAAGUUGCAAUCUCCAGAUAUAGCUGAUGACAAUACACAUGAGACGGAUUCAUCAACUUCAGUUCAGAAUGAUUCCAUCAAUCCAAAUGAGUUUGCCUAAGUCAAUAAAAUUUAUGUAAUUGUUGUAUAAUAUAUUUUUCAUUAUACUCUUGACAUCACUCUUGCUUAGUAUCUCUUUUUCUCAAAUGGUAUGUCUGUGGAGCUAUAAGAACUUAUUGACAUGAGAAAAAUGAAGCUUCUCAUUAUCUUAGAGGCACUUGUAGUUGUAUUUGAGUUGUGUGGUUUGCUUGCUAUAGACUGAAACUAA